AUCACAAGGCUGACGCGCCUUCCAACGUCCCACUACUGAAUCCCAUCCUGCUCACCCCCCCCACCCUAUGCGACCGUCCUCUCAGCAACAUGCGAAUUCCUAUAUCCGAUUCUUGUGUAGAAUAGACUGCCUCCCAUGGUUAGAACAUGUCCAUCCGUGUCCUCGUCCGCGACUAUCCCAACAGAGCCAUCGCUCUCGUCACCGAAUCCCACGCCCUCAUUUUCCGCUAUACCACCAGCACAACUGACGCCGUCAACAAUGGCAGCCAUACCUCCCUUGGCUCGAGACCAUCGGUUGACACCCAGAGUGCGCCGCGAUGCAUGGCCGAAUUCUCACGUCUAGGCCUAGUCGACCUUGCCGAUUAUCGAACAUUGAGCCCACGACCUGUCUAUGGCACCCUGGGACUUAUAACAGUCGAGAACGAUGUGUUCAUAUGCAUAGUCACGGGCGCCGCCAAGGUGGCUAAUGUGAGGCCGAAUGAGACUGUCGAGAGGAUAUAUGCAGUCCAGUUCUACUGCUUGAGCAGCACCAAAUACGACGAUGUGGUCAGCGAUGGCACAAAGCUCAACGGCUAUGACCGGCAUGAGGAAGACGAUUAUUCGUACGGGCAUAACCUGAGCCAACGGGAUACACCUAUCGAGCACCCAUGCGUUGAUUUGACCAAGAUGCUCAGCAAUGGGAGCUUUUACUACAGUACGGAUUUUGACCUGACGAAUAGGCUUCAAGAUCGGUAUGCAUGGGUGUAACAGUUUUGAGAGUUAUGGAUGCUAAUUCAUGUCCAGCUCCGCCGAGUCUACCGCAUUCGAUAUUGACAACCUCGACGAAUCGUUCUUGUGGAAUUCAUACAUGAUUGGGCCGUUGGUCAAAUUCCGCUCGGAGCUGCUGGAACAUGAAAGAGCGGAGCUGGAUGCUUCACGGAUUCUAACUUCUGCCAUCCGAGGAUUCGUGCUUACAGUGACCCUACCAAAUUCUUCGGCGCCGAUUAGAACACCAAAUAGCGGGCUUCCUUCAUUGCUGACAUUAAUCUCUCGGCUGUCGUGCAAAAGAGCUGGAACCAGGUUCAAUAGUCGUGGCAUCGACGAUGACGGGAACGUGGCCAACUUUGUAGAGACAGAGACGAUAUACUGGAGCCCAGCCGGAGUAUGCUUCUCGUAUGCUCAAAUCAGAGGCUCGGUCCCGAUCUUCUGGGAGCAACAGCCAGGUCUGCUUCCAGGGAAGCAGAACAUCACACUCACCCGCAGCAAGGAAGGCACCCAGCCAGCGUUCGACAGGCAUUUUGAAGGUUUGGAGAAUUCGUAUAGCUCUGUUCAUGUUAUAAAUCUCCUCAGCGAAAGCAAACCAGGAGAGGCUGACCUGACACAACGAUAUAAAUAUGGUGUCCGGCACUGCUCGGUCAACAACCGGGCGGCAUGUCACCAGUUGCUCAAAGAGACUGAAUUUGACUUUCAUGCGGAAACCAAAGGCCCAGGUGGCUUUGAGGCAGCGAGCAUCAUCAGUCACCUAAUUAAGAAAGACGCCGAUGCUUUCGCGUACUACUUAUCAGAGGACCUCGAGGAUGCUCUCGACUCCGAUCCAAGCGGAGAGAAGCCGCAACGGCGAUCGAUUGUGGUGCUGCAACAAGAGGGCGUCUUCCGCACAAAUUGCCUCGACUGCCUCGAUAGAACGAAUCUUAUCCAAACCAUCAUCAGCAAGAUGGCGGUAGAAUCUUUCCUCGGCCAGCGCAGAGAACGAGCUACGUCGGACUUUUGGAUGCGCCAUUCGAGUCUGUGGGCUGAUAACGGAGAUGCCUUGUCGAAGAUUUAUGCAGGGACAGGAGCCCUGAAAACUUCCUUUACGAGACACGGAAAGAUGUCCCUGGCGGGAGCCAUUGCCGAUGCUCGGAAGAGUGCCACUCGUCUUUAUAUCAACAAUUUUGCGGAUAAAGGCCGCCAGAACACUAUCGAUGUGCUCCUAGGGAGGCUGGUGGGACAGCGACCAGUAUACUUAUAUGACCCCAUUAACGAAUAUGUGAACUCGGAAUUGGCCAGACGGCUCCCAGAGUAUUCCUCUACUCAGAUUGUCAAUAUCUGGGUUGGAACGUACAACGCCAACGGCCGGAGCGAUGGCAUCAAUGAAGACCUGAGCGCUUGGUUAUUCCCUGACGGCAACCCUGGACAGCAACCGGAGAUGGUCGUUGUUGGUUUCCAAGAAAUUGUCGAGUUGAGCCCCCAGCAGAUCAUGAAUAGCGAUCCGACUAGAAAGAAGGGGUGGGAAGCGGCUGUGAAGAAGCACUUGAACGAUCAUAUGGAUGCUGCUGGCAUCGAGGAUAGAUAUGUUCGACUCAGGAGUGGCCAGUUGGUUGGUGCUGCGCUGUGCAUAUACGUGAAAUCUUCCGUGCUACAUCUCGUGAAGCACGUUGAGGGGUCAACGAAGAAGACAGGGUUGUCAGGGAUGGCGGGCAAUAAAGGGGCGGUGGCUAUUCGGAUGGAAUACGCCAAUACCUCAAUAUGCUUCGUCACUGCGCAUUUAGCAGCUGGGUUUGCCAAUUAUGACGAAAGGAACAAGGACUUCCACGCAAGCAGCUUCCCUUCCACACUACCCCUCAUCCAAGCUAACAAACCCAGACCAUCCACCAAGGCCUCAAAUUCCAACGCAACCGCGUCAUCGACGACCACGACACCGUCAUCUGGCUGGGCGACUUCAACUACCGCAUCGGCAUGUCGCACGACCGCGUCACCACCCUCAUCAAAUCCCAAGACCUCUCCUCCCUCUACGACAAUGACCAGCUCAACAUCCAGAUGAUCGCCGGGCUGGCCUUUCCCCACUACUCAGAGUCCAUGAUCACCUUCAUGCCAACCUACAAAUUCGACGUCGGAACUAAUGUCUACGAUACUAGUGAGAAGGCGCGUAUUCCGGCUUGGACGGAUCGCAUACUGCGUAAGGGCGGGAAUAUCAGGCAGACGGCGUAUCAUUCUGCGGAUCUGAGGUAUUCGGAUCAUCGCCCUGUGUUCGCGACAUUCGAAUGUACAGUAACCAUCAUCGACGAAUCCCGCCGCGCCGCCCUAUCGCGCCAGACUUUCGCGCGUCGUCGCGCUGCUGAUUCGACACCUCGCCCUCUUUCCGUCGUCGGCGGCGCGCGCAUGGAAAACGAGAGUUCAGACGAAGACCCGCCCUACGACCCAGUCGAACCAGGCCUACCCGCCGCGAGCUCGGAUCGCAGGAAAUGGUGGAUCGACUCCGGACACCCUGCUCGCAGUGCCCUUGAACCGCCGGAGAGGGGGAUGCUACCUAACCCCGCUAGACCGAGUAAUCCCUGGCAGCAGAGUGAGGAGGAGGAGUGGGUAUAUGUUGAGCGCCAGCCUGCGCCGUCUACACGAGCACCCUCUGUCCGCUCACAAGCUACCCUGAGGAAACCCCUUCCGCCACCGUACCCCGCGACUGAAACUCGACCGCCGCCUACGCCCGCGCGUCCACAGGCCGAGACACUGGUGCAGAGACGGGGGAGU